CCGGCGAGAGGGACCAGACUUCUGGGAAGGGACAGGGAGCUGUCAAUCAGCGAGGGAGCGAGCGCACCAGCACCGGGUGAUGUCAGCGGAUCAGCUGCUCGUUAACAAAGAAGGGGAUAUUUACAGGACAAAGUUGCAGCAGCAGCGAGGGAAGCUACAGCGAGACUCCCGGAGCUCGGCAGCGGUCAGGAGAAAGUGGAUGCAGGGGUCUGAGCUGACCUUAGGGGAGCCCAUAGCUGCAAAAGAAGGAAAAGACAUUGGGAAAAAGGCUGGAAGGGGACGGCCGGCCAACUGCUCCUCCUCUUCCUCCUCCUCCUCCAAACUCGCUGGGCUGAACCCAAGCUCUAGCUGAGCAACCGCGGCGGCCCCGAGCUCCCGGAGGAGCAGUAGGAAAAGGGGGAGAAGGGAAGAAGGCAAACAGGAGCAGCCGAGCGGCCGCUCUCGGUCCUCGGUCCCGACCCCCAGCCCAGAGAAGAGCCUGCGCUGGGCUGGGCUGCGCUCUCCGCCGCCAUGGAUAGCGACGACGAGAUGGUGGAGGAGGCGGUGGAAGGGCAUCUGGAUGAUGAUGGGUUACCACAUGGCCUCUGCACAGUCACCUACUCCUCCACAGACAGAUUCGAGGGGCACUUUGUCCAUGGAGAAAAGAAUGGCCGGGGAAAGUUUUUCUUCUUUGAUGGAAGCACACUGGAAGGGUAUUAUGUAGAUGAUGCCUUACAAGGGCAAGGAGUAUACAGGUACGAGGAUGGAGGAGUCCUCAAGGGCACCUAUGCAGAUGGAGAACUGAAUGGACCUGCACAGGAGUAUGACUCAGAUGGGAGACUGAUCUUCAAGGGACAAUACAAAGAUAAUAUUCGGCAUGGGAUUUGCUGGAUAUAUUACCCAGAUGGAGGUACUCUGGUAGGUGAAGUUAAUGAAGAAGGGGAGAUGACCGGAGACAAAAUAGCUUAUGUGUACCCUGAUGGAAGGACCACUAUUUAUGGGAAAUUCAUAGAUGGAGAGUUGAUAGAAGGAAAAUUGGCUAACAUGUCAAUUGAGGAAGGAAAGCCCUACUUUGAACUGGUACCAGGAAGUUCUGUCUACCAUUUUGAUAAGUCGACACCAUCCUGCAUUUCUACAAAUCCUCUGCUUCCUGAUCCUUAUGAGUCAGAGAGGGUUUAUGUCGCUGAAUCACACAUUCCCAAUGCUGGAGAAGGACUGUUUUCUAAAGUAGCAGUGGGACCUAACACAGUUAUGUCAUUUUAUAAUGGAAUCCGAAUUACACACCAAGAAGUGGAUGACAGAGACUGGGACCUUAAUGGAAACACACUCUCUCUUGAUGAUGAGACGGUCAUCGACGUGCCUGAGCCCUACAACCACGCAUCCAAGUACUGUGCCUCCCUGGGACACAAGGCCAAUCACUCCUUUACACCUAACUGCAUCUAUGAUGUGUUUGCACAUCCACGUUUUGGGCCCAUCAAAUGCAUCCGCACCAAACAAGCAGUGGAGAGAGAUGAAGAGCUCACUGUCGCCUACGGAUAUGAUCACAACCCUCCUGGAAAGAGCAUGCCAGAAGCCCCGGAAUGGUAUCGAAUGGAAUUGAAGGUCUUCCAGGCUGCCCAGGAGAAGUGAAAUACAAACUCGGCUCUUUGGUUUAUUGACCUGGAGUAGAAAUUUGGAUCUAUGCACUACAUUUAUACUGAAAACUGGAUAACCAGGGACUGAUCAUGCUGUUACAUCAUAUCCUCUCACUCUGUGUUAGCAAUGAGUUUCUUGCAUACUAACUAGUUUUGACUCUAUUACUCAUGCUAGGUUUAAAAUUAGCUAGCGUUACAACAACACCUGAUUGGGAGGUAUUAUUUAAUAUUUUGCCUAAGACAGCGUGAUGUCCUUUGGGUAUUUAGAAUCUAAGUCUGCACCAUAUUCAGAGAUGCCAAAUGAUUUGACUGAAAAAAAGGGAAAUGGGGUUUUUUGGUCUUUUUUUUUUUUUUUAGUUAGAGGUUUUCCAUGAUGCUAUUUCCAUGGCCAAUGUCAAUGGUGUGAUUACACUUUUGCAUAUAUGCCACAGUGGAGAUUAGAGGAUUAUUACACUUGGGUAUUCUCUAAACAUAGCAUAAUUUGCCUUUUAACCUUUGAUCUGUAUCUUUGCAAAAGAAUGACUUUGUUUUUCCUAGUGUACAGAAGAAGCCUGGGUUUUUUUUGAGUCAUUUCCCCCUUUCUUAGAAAUCUCCUGCAAGGGAAUAACUUUUCUAAAGGAUUUUGUGUGAGUGGCUGUGUAUAGAUCUCUAUGGCGCUCUCUCUAUAUCUAUCUAUCUAUCUAUAUCAUUGUUUCCUUCUUACAUCCUGAUAUAAAUAACUGGUUCUAGGAGCCAGUGUAUUUUAUAGAAUUAAUAUCCUUGCAUGAAAAUGAAGAGCUCUUUGCUUUAAGACAGUAAGAGGAAUGGAUUGGACUUACUUGCAUCAAGCUGUGGGAGAUUUCUAAUAUGUAUAUUCAGAAAGGAAGAGGGGAGAGGAAUUAACACCUGGAAGCAGCAAUCUGGGGCCCAUGAUCUGUAUGGGAUCUUUAAUAGUGCUGUAAAUCUUUCCCUCCUUGUGAGCCCUAGUAUAACUUAGAGUUAUAGAACAUGAGACCUUUAAACAGCAGGCUUAUUUGGGGCAUAGUAUAUUGAAUGCCAUGUUCAAAAAGCAGCCCUGAGUCCCCAUGUGGGAUGCAAAAAAGGGUUAGGGGUUGGCUUUUUAAUGAAAAUAACUAUGGCACAAACAUUGAUCUCUAGGUUCAGUGUAGAAUCUUAAGGCAAAAGCUCUUCACCAUUGUGUUUGCAAAUUACUUACCUGUUUCAAUGCAUUGUACAACUUGUGAAUCAAAAAUAAUACAUUAUAGUCAAAGCUAUUAGCAUUUCAGCCACUCUGCAAGCCAUAUAUACGUUAAAAAAAAUUGCAGAAACAAACAAAAAAAAAAAAACCUCUGUGUAAGGUAGCUAUUUAGGUCUAUACUAUGACUUGGAUUGCUCUGAAUGGAUUUAUAGGUUUGGGGGGAUUUGGGUUUGUUUUUCAACUGCUUAAACACAGCUAAAGUAUAGCAAUAUCUGCUUCAGACUGCUUGGGCCAUGCCAGCAUUCCAUUUGACACAGGUCUCUAGGGCAGCGGUGCUUCUAAUUUUCAAAGUGUCACUGUUGGAAACUGACACCCAACUGGUCCGCUUAGGCAUCUAGUUAGGAUAGAUAAAGAUUCUGAGUGGUAUCAGAGAGGGAGCUAUUUGUUGAUUGGAAGAUGGCAGGGGUAUGUGGUGGAUAAAGAGGUGAAAUCAGCCUUUGCUAUUUCAAAUCAAAUCUUAGAUUACUCAUUACCAUAUACACUACUACAUAUUAUUGGACUUGAUUGAAGGCCCCGUGCCUUUGGUUCAGUUCUCCUCUGGCCGCAGAGCUUGUUCUAUUCAGGUCUUGCUGUCAUGGCUUGUGCAGAGGCAGCCUCUCUCCUCCCCACCAUCCGUGCCAGCAUGCUUCCCAGGGUGCUCAUCCUGAGCUAGGGCUAUUAACACAAGACCCCAUGGUUCCAGAGCUCAGUCAGACCCAGGUGGUUCUCACUAUUUUUGCUCAUAGAUGGUGGGCAUUCCAUAAACAAGUACUUAAUGAGAGAGUGAAUUUGAUGCUUAUGCAUCCGGGAGAGUUGGCAAUGGUGAAUCAAUCCUCCUCUGCACUGCCAUAGAUCAGCCAGGAAGAAGAAUUGAGUAACCUGCAUAUCUUUCUGAUCAACAAACACCAAGGAAGAGGGUGAGAAUGACCACCACUCUGGGGAAAGACCCCAUUCCAUAAACUGUGAUAGAGGGGACAGUGUUUCUUGGACUUACACACUGGUUGUCCUCAUGGUGCUCAGGUUUUUAUACAAGUGAAUGUUUUUGAAGGUGAGUGAUCUUUCUUUCUGGGCAGUUAGCAAAAGCAAACUGGAUUUAGUUAUCCCAGUCAUUUGAAUCACAGAAUGAUGAACAAUCUGGGUCAGGACAGAGGAACCUCUAGCCAGGGAGGGUAGCUCUAGCCAUUGAUUUGAUGAUUGUGUUCCUCAGGGUGAUAUUGCCUUGGUCGUUGCCACUGCAAGAGAUCAUUUCUCCCCCAGUGGAUUGCUCUGGUUAAGCCAUUCAACAUGGAGCCUCUAAAGGGUAAAGGAUAAAGGAUUAGAGUAAGUGACAAGCUAUAAAAAGCAUGUAUUAUAGGGGAAAGCCCUGGAUCUUGAGUCGGGGGAUAUGGGUUCAAAUCCUGACCAUGGUAUUUGCUAUUUGUGUGACCUCAGGAAGGUUACUUAACUUUUCUGAGCCUCAGCUUACUCUUCUAUUAAAUGAAAGGGUUGAAUUAGUUGAUCUCUCUAAGGUCCCUUCCAUCUCUACAUCUGAUAGGUUACAUCACUCCAAAGUUAAUAUCCCAAUCAAUCAUUAUGAUCUGAUGCUCAUAUGAAAAUUGAUCAUCUCCUUGGCCCUAUCUCCUUCUCUCUACCUCUCUCUCCCUACCUCUGUCUCUGUCUUCCAGGAGAGUUUGAGAUAGAGCUGUAGGUUUGGAAGGGACCUCAUUAUAGAUGAGAAUUAAGACACGGAGUGACCUGCUUGAAGUCACAGGACUUAAGGUCUCAGAGACAAGUGGCAGAACCAGGACUUUGACCUGUGGUCUUCUGCCUCCAUUCCCCGUGCACUUUGUAUUAUAUACACAGCAUCUCUCACCCACUGGCGCUUCCCUUCUCCUUCCCCUCCCCCUCUGUAUUCUCUCUCUGCUUUGUAUUAUAUCACAUGUGUAUACAUAGACAAAGCUGGGACAAGGCAUCUGGGUGCUUUUGGGGGGGUAUGAAAAUUAUAUGUUACCCCCUGAGUUUUCCUGUUUAGCAAAGGGACAGGAAAACUUCCUUCCCUGAAACACAAAUACAAAUUGAUUUUCCAGAAAAUAAAAACCUACAUGCUAUGGAGAGUGGAACUUUAUGGCAUUAAAAGCAUGUGUAUUUGUAAAAUCUGAUAUUCCCCAAAAUCCCUAAUUGUAACCCCUACAUGUUCACAUCCUGGGUGACAACCUGUCUUGCCUACCCCUGGUCCCAUCUUUGUGAAUGUGCAUGCAGUACAAGUCCAUCAGUUUCCCUCUGCUUCCUCUUUCCUUUCUGCUGUCUUUCCUUCCUUUUGUCUCUUUUUCCCUUUCUUUCCCUCCCUUAUUGCCUCUUCCACUAAACUAGACUUACUGGUUACUAUUUUAUAUUCCUUGUUUUUCCUGUUUAAGGCAGGUGAGUCAAUCAUUGUAUUUUGUUGCUUUGGAUAAGCUGAAUGUGAGGGGUGUGUGUGUGUGUGUGUGUGUGUGUGUGUGUGUGUGUGUGUGUGUGUGUGUGUCCCUUUAUGCAUGAGGGGAAAGGAAAUACUGCCAGCCCUCACCUAGGUUUAUGUGAAAUGUGUUCAUCUAUAUCACUAUUUACUUUCUGAGCAGGCCCCUUCUGAGAGCACUCUGGAAGAAUAGAAGUCUAAUUUCUAAUGGACAGAUGAUUGGGGUCAAAGUCUUGAUGGUACGAUAUAGACCAUAAGGGGUCCCUGACCUAUGUGUUGGCCAGACUAUAUCACUGACCUUUCUCAGUGGCUUUCCUCAUUUUGUUGCCCAGGGCAUUUGGUGCUGAUUGUUGGCAAACAAGGAAUGGCUACCUAAAGAUUAGUCUGUCUGUAUUGACUCUUCACCCUGCUUUUUCCUUCAGUGUUGCAAUAGAUGCAACUUCUUGCCUCGUUUUUCUGAUCUGUUCCUCACCACCCUACCACCCUAGCAGCCUGUCUCUGCUAUGGGAUUCAGUUUAGAGGCUGCACCUCACUGAAGAAAAACAAUUUUUCCACAACAGCUUAGUAGUAAGCAUGGAGGGUUGUAGGUUUUAAGGCAUUGUUUUUGAAGUUUUUGUUAAGUCUUCCUUGGAGGCAAAAACUCUGCAGAAAAAGCCUGGCUUUGGUUCCCUGUCUUCCAAUCUAUUCUUUUUGGGCUCUUUAGUCCAAGAAACUUGGGCACUUUAAGUCAUUUUUAGACUUGGAGACUAGGCAUCUGUAAAAAUGUAGGGUUUUGCCCAAAAUCUGGAUUGGAUUUCAUGCUUUCUGUAUGUAGGUGAAGAAGUUGGCGGUGUAGAGGUUCCCAGGAAAGAAUGUAUGUUCUAGGCCUAGAUUUUUCCUAUAGUUAUCUAAUCUCCAUGUUUGCCCCCACUGAAACUGGGCACACAUGCAUGUAUAUGGUGCUGGGGAGGAGAGCAAGGAAAGAACUUGGCCUUAGUUUGUUCCAGAAGCAUAAUAUAGGGAAGAAGCUUGGAAAGUGUGAGGAGUGACGCAGAAGAGACUGGACAAGGAAGGGGGCUAGAUCGGGUUCCUUCCCCAGUAUCACCGAUGCAAGGAUUUCAAAGAUUAAAGGUGGAGGGCCCAAAGGGACAUCUUUGUGCUGACAAAACAACUUGAGAUCUUGUAUGUGCUUAGUUCUGGACUAGCCUCAAGGAGCUUUGAUCACCAUGAGUCUCAGCCUGACUCUUCUGCAUGCCUCUUUUCUCAGCAUCUUCUCAACCCAUGGUGACACAGUAGCUUUGGUUAGCAUUUGAUCAGAACUAAUCUGCAGAGACAUCCCUAAAUGGUAUUUGAGUUGACUAAUUUGGGAAGGAAAAGCUUGAUUAAUAGAAAGAUCCCAGAUGAAAGAAACAGAUUAAGACCUGAGUUUUUGGUUUGGGGGUUGGGUUGUUUUUAUGUUUUUUUUGUAUGUUUGUUUGCUUGCUCUGUGACUUGCUUCACCCCUGGUCUACCUAAGAAACUUAAGAAGAAAAUCAGUUUUUAAAAACCCCUUUAGGAAAUCAGAUCAGGACCAGAGAUGUGUUCUGGGAUGCCUGAAACAUGGAAAAACUCUUAUCUUUGUAAUGUUAACAACCUGAAAAUACCACCAAGGCUAAUUUCAUUAUAAUUGUUCAGGUUGUUGCACAGGGUAAUAGCAAAGUUUCAUAUAUAUCUUCACAAGUAUACAUGUAUCUUCACAUACAUACAUGUGUUAUAUUUUUAAAAGAAAGGUGAUGUGGCCUAGUGGAUAGAGACUGUAGUCUUGUAGUCAGGAAGACCUAGGUUCAAGUCCUUCCUGGUUUUCCUGUCUCCAAGGUCAUAUCUCUACCCACUAGACCAUGAUAUAUCACCACACCAAGUCUCUUAACCUCUUCGAACCUCAAGCAACUCUUUGAGUUGCUGAUUUGCAUGGGUGGAGGGAGUUAGCACACUGGGUGUUUCCUAUGCUGAUGGUCCAGACCAAGGAAAGGUUUGCAACUCCCCUGGGAGAACAUAUUGAAAAUAUUCAGGUAGAAAGAGUAGACAUCUGCUUUUAGAAAGCCAGUCAUUCACCUAAAUUUCAAUCUGAAAAGUAAGGAUGAUUUCAAACCAAGGUAUUUAUUUUUCUAUAGUAAAUGAUUCAAAAAUAAACAAGCCAGCUCACCAACCAACAGAAAGCUGGUGUCACAAGAUCUCUUACUUGUAUAUUUACCUUCCACAGAUCAAAGGUGUGCAAUUUUUUCAAAGGAUUUCCAUUUGAAGCUCCCCAGUAAGAUUCUUUCUUCUUUUUUCCCUGUUAUAAAUUUGAAUUUCCUGGUUUGCUUUUUUGUUUUGUUUUUAGAAAAUUAUAAAAUUUUAAUACACAUUUUAUUUUUGUGAGCAUAAGGAUACACAUUAAAAGCAAUUAAAAUAUUCAAGCCAUACAUCCACAGGUGUGGGGAACACUUUCCACAAAUUUUAAUGCAUUUGUAUGUAAAUAGAUGUUUGUAUGAGAUAUUUUCAUGGUAGAAUGAAUAUAUUUAAAUGAAAUUGAUUUAUUCCAGUGCUAUUUAAAAAAAAAGAUAAAGUUUUGUGAGGAUCUUCUGAGUGCAUUAGCAAAGAAUACAGAACAAUUUUAUAAACAUCAGGAGCCUAAAAAAUAUUCUAAGUAGCAGCGACUUCUCAGUUGUUAAUAUCUGCUAUUGAAGAAGCUAAUGGGCUCCAUUUCCCCCAGUGCCUGAGUUCCCUCUGGGUAGUAAAUUAGGGGCUGAUGGAGUUAUAUCACUCUUCAGUCACUAAAGGGUCCUAAAAAUCAAUCAGAGCCAUUAGGGCAAAUGGUGUGAUUACCCUGUGUGGCAGCAUCUUCUUAGGGCAGCAUCACUGGACUCCACAAGUGGGUGUUGGAAGCCUGGAAAUGCAUUUUCCAGCGGCUAUUAACCUCCAUCCCUACUGCCCAGGCACAGACCCAGUUAGGUUGCUCUUAGUGAAGAUCAGGUUAAGCCUCAUUCUCAGGGUGGGGAGAUCCCCAAAGUUCUGUCGAUAGCUCCUGCAUACAGAUCUUCACCCUCCAGAAGGAGGGGCUGGAGAAAGAGCAGGCAGCAUCAACCAGCAUUUUACAGAAUGGCGAAUUACCUAAUCUCAGUUCUGGAGUGAAUGCAUUUUCCUGAACUCCUAACUUACUACCAGAGAGACACCUAUUCAGACAGGAGGAGAAUCUUGCCCCUUCUGUAUGGAACAUUAUGCACUCACAGUUGUUUGAAGUCAUUUUAAUAUUAAGACCAGUCGCAUUUCUAGGACAUACCUCUCAACUAUCCCUCAAAAAUGAGAGUAAAAUUUUGUUACCAUGGAUUAUCAAGACUUGAGUUUUCUUAAUGGUGCCUCUUGGAUAAAAUAAAAUGAAGAAUUUUGUUAUGAUUAAUUUCCAAUGUAUGUGCACACAUCCUAAUGUGGAUUUAAGUGGUUCAAUUUUUUGCUACUAUAAUUUUUGAUUCUAACAUGAGAAAACUCCCGAGCACAGAGCCAUAACUAGGAUGGAGUAGUGGUGCUUUGACCCAGAGCAACAAAAUUUGAGUUUGGCGCUUAAUUAACAAGAACAAUAAGUUAGAAGAGGAUGGUAACUGGCAGCAUCUUUUCCCCAACACUAACCAAUACAUCCCAAUUGAGCCCCCUUGUCAUGAAUGAGCCCCAUCGCAUCAGUGGCCUCAUUCACCUUUAGGGUUCUGGUGUCUUGGGGAGGGGGAGCUGUCUUCUCAUUAUGGGGCAUUGUCCUGAGAUCUCUGCUCUGUUCCUGCUUCACCUGAGUAUAUCUGGGAAAAAAAACUGAUUUGAAGGUAUGUUUUGUGAAGCUUGCCACUAGCACAAAAAUUCCUAAUUAUGGCUCUAUACCUCUAUUUUUCGUCUACUUUUUCAUUUAACUCUGAGCUGUCACUUAGUAGAGUGUGAGGUAUGUUUAAGUGUUGAAAGAAUGGGGUGAGUUUGCAGAAGACACCACAGCAAAACAGGAACCCCACCCCACUGUACCAUGCAAACAUUCUUGAUUGGUCUCUUACAGCAUUUGAACAAAAUUGAUAAGCCUUAUCCAACAUCUGUAGAGUUGGGAUUUUUAAAACUACGGGAAACUAAUGAAAGAUGUUUACAUGAAUGAUGUUUGAUGUUACUGAGUUUUGAAUGAGUUUUUAUAGUGUGUCUGGGUGCAUGUAUAAGGAAGUAGGAAAAAUGUUUCUGAAAUAAAACUUGACAAAUAUUUGUAAUGAGAAGUGAAUUUUAAAUAUUGCUAUAAUUGCGCUAUAGAAGCAAUGCAAGUAUUAAACAAAAAAAAAUACAA